CCUUUGAAGCCACAUACACACACCGAAUACCUGCAGACAUAGCCCACCAUGGUGGCGAUGUAUCAGCUGCGCCGGCAAGCUCGAGGGGUGGCCAAGUCUCAGCACUUGCUGUUCCCAUUGCUUCGAGCUUCCUCCAACCUCUUCUCCACUGCAGCUCUCCAUGACUCAACGCCAACACCAGGCCCUACGAAGAAGAAAAAGGAUACCAAGAGCCGCCCCGAACCUGUCGACGCCUUCAGCGAGCCAGCGUACAAGACGCACUUCCUCGAGUCCAAGAACGUCCAUCCGCUCCACCCCACGACCAAGAGCGGCGAGUCUGUUUGGGACAACCCGAUCAACCACGCAGUGUACGACCUGGACAAGAUCUCGGACAUGCAGCAGACGCACCACCCCAUCGUCAAGAUGCACGAGCGCGUCGCCUACAUGGCCGUCAAGGCGCUGCGCACGGGCUUCGACGUCAUCUCCGGCUACCGCGGCCCCGGCGGCGCCAUGACCGAGAAGGACUGGCUCAACCGCUGCCUCUUCCUCGAGUCCGUGGCGGGCGUGCCCGGCAUGGUGGGCGGGAUGCUGCGCCACUUGCGCUCACUGCGACGCAUGAAGCGGGACUACGGCUGGAUCCACACUCUGCUCGAAGAAGCGGAGAAUGAGCGGAUGCACUUGCUGAUCUUCAUGAACCUCAAGCAGC